CCAGCUUUGUUAAUGCCAGCCAAGGAAGAGAGGGAAGAUCACCCCAGACAACACCGCCUCCCUCCUCCCGAAACCCUGCCCAGAAGCAUCCUCCUCCUUGGUCCAUGCCAGAGGAGGUGCCAGCUUUGGGGGCAUUUUGUUUCCCCUCUGUCUCCAAAAGAAAACUCCCUUGGGUUGAGCAGAGCUGAAGAUGGGAGACCAAAAGGAUGCCCUAAGGAAGAUCAUUACCACGCUGGCUGUGAAAAAUGAAGAAAUCCAGAAUUUCAUCUACGUGCUCAAACAGAUGCUCCAGAAUGUGGAGGCCAAUUCGGAUCGGGUCCAGAAAGACUUAGAGGCUGAGUUCCAGUCGCUGUAUAUCCUACUGGAUGAACUGAAGGAAGGGAUGAUCAUGAAGAUCAAGCAAGAUCGGGCCAGUCGUACCUAUGAGUUGCAGAACCAGCUGGCUGCUUGCACCAAAGCCCUGGAGAGCUCCGAAGAGCUGCUGGAGACAGCCAACCAGACGUUACAGGGAGCCGAGAACCAUGAUUUCAACCAGGCUGCUAAACAGAUCAAGGACAGUGUGACAAUGGCACCCGCCUUCCGACUCUCCCUUAAGGCCAAAGUCAGUGACAACAUGAGCCACCUGAUGGUUGACUUCGCCCAAGAACGCCGGAUGAUACAGUCCCUGAAAUUCCUGCCAGUCCCCAGCGCACCUGAGAUUGAUGUGGCCGAAUCUCUGGUGGCCGACAACUGCGUGUCCCUGGUCUGGAGGAUGCCAGAUGAGGACAGCAAGAUUGACCAUUAUGUCCUGGAGUACCGCAAGACCAACUUCGAGGGGCCGCCCCGGGUGAAAGAAGACCAGCCGUGGAUGGUCAUCGAAGGGAUCAAGCAGACGGAGUACACCUUGUCCGGGCUGAAAUUCGAUAUGAAAUACAUGAAUUUCCGAGUCAAAGCUUGCAAUAAAGCGGUGGCCGGAGAGUUCUCGGAGCCGGUCACUUUGGAGACAAGAGCCUUCAUGUUUCGCCUGGAUGCCGCCACCAGCCAUCAGAACCUCAAAGUGGAAGACCUCUGUGUGGAAUGGGAUGCCAUGGGCGGGAAGGUGCAGGAUAUCAAAGCCCGGGAAAAGGAUGGAAAGGGCCGCACCGCAUCCCCAGUGAAUUCUCCAGCCAGGUGUGUGCAGUCCCCAAAAAGGAUGCCAACCGGACGUGGCGGAAGGGACCGCUUCACGGCCGAAUCCUACACAGUAUUGGGAGACACCCUGAUCGAUGGCGGAGACCACUACUGGGAGGUGCGCUACGACCGCGACAGCAAAGCCUUUGCAAUUGGGGUGGCCUACCGGUCUCUGGGCAAGUUUGACCAGCUGGGAAAGACCUCCUCCUCUUGGUGCCUCCACCUCAACAACUGGCUCCAAGUCAGCUUCACAGCCAAACACAACAACAAAGCAAAGGUCUUAGAAGUGCCAGUUCCGGACAUCAUCGGUGUCUACUGCAAUUUCCAUGAAGGUUUCCUCUCGUUCUACAACGCUAAAACCAAGCAGCUGCUCCAUACGUUUCGGUCCAAAUUUACCCAACCGGUUCUUCCGGCUUUCAUGGUUUGGUGCGGCAGCUUUCACGUCUAUUCCGGUUUGCAAGUCCCCAGCGCCGUCAAAUGCCUUCAGAAACGCAACAGCGCUACCAGCAGUUCCAACGCCAGCCUGUCUUAG